AUGACCAAUCCGCAACAAGAAAAGUCCUACAAGGAUUUCGUGAAAAGAGUGUACCGGGACCUCAAACCAAACAUGGAAUUUCCAGACAAGACAUAUGUUCCGGGCGAUUUAAGCGCCAACUUGAUAACGACUUACGGGUUUGACAACUGGUUUUUAUCUUUUGAGCGGCGGCUUUCGAGAUCGUCACCUGCGGCAUGCAUUAGUGCAGUCGGAAACCGUGAGGUUGAGCUAAUCUCGCACGCCUGGGAGUAUAUGCUCAAACAAGUACCACAACAGAGGAUGGACAAAGAAACCUACAACGCCAGCCGAUAUCUCCAUGUCUCGACGAAGAUGCUCAAGAGAGACCUCGAGAGCUGGGAGAGUACUGGAGGGCCUGGCUCUGUGGCAGAAGUCAUGAGUGGACUCUCGAACGUGAGACGUGAUAUCGAACUUUUCGAUCCCGACCUACGCGAUGCAUACCAAAUCUUCGUCAACAACACGACAUUGCUUGACGCACGCAAAGGUAUUCAGAUGGCAGAGAAAUCUAUAGAAAUGUCUGAGAAGUCCAUCAAAGAAAGCGAGCGAGUCCGCAUCAGUGAGUGCUUCAUGCGCGAGUAA